AACUGGCUAGGCGCAGUCAAGAACGGGAUAAUCUCGGCAUGCUGGUCUGGUCGCCCAAUCAGAAUCUGUCAGAGGCAAAGUUGGACGAGUACAUUGCCAUCGCCAAGGAGAAGCAUGGGUACAACAUGGAGCAGGCUCUUGGAAUGCUCUUUUGGCAUAAGCAUAAUAUUGAAAAAUCAUUGGCUGAUUUGCCCAACUUUACCCCCUUCCCAGAUGAGUGGACUGUGGAAGAUAAAGUCUUAUUUGAGCAAGCCUUUAGUUUUCAUGGGAAAACUUUUCAUAGAAUCCAACAAAUGCUUCCUGAUAAAUCUAUAGCAAGUCUGGUGAAAUUUUAUUACUCUUGGAAGAAGACAAGAACCAAAACCAGUGUGAUGGAUCGUCAUGCCCGGAAACAAAAGCGAGAGCGAGAGGAGAGUGAGGAUGAACUUGAAGAAACAAAUGGAAGUAACCCCAUUGACAUCGAGGUUGAUCAAAAUAAGGAAAGCAAAAAGGAGGUGCCCCCUACUGAGACAGUUCCUCAGGUCAAAAAAGAAAAACAUAGCACACAAGCUAAGAAUAGAGCAAAAAGGAAACCUCCAAAAGGCAUGUUUCUAUCCCAGGAAGAUGUGGAGGCUGUUUCUGCCAAUGCCACUGCUGCUACCACGGUGCUGAGACAGCUGGACAUGGAGUUGGUGUCCAUCAAACGACAGAUUCAGAAUAUUAAACAGACGAACAGUGCUCUCAAAGAAAAGCUUGAUGGUGGAAUAGAGCUGUACCGACUUCCAGAGGUCACACAGAAGUGCAACGCCCGUUGGACCACAGAAGAGCAGCUUCUGGCCGUACAAGCCAUCAGGAAAUAUGGCCGAGAUUUUCAGGCAAUCUCCGACGUGAUUGGGAACAAGUCAGUGGUACAGGUGAAAAACUUUUUUGUAAAUUACCGACGCCGCUUCAACAUAGAUGAAGUUUUACAAGAAUGGGAGGCAGAACAUGGAAAAGAAGAGACCAAUGGACCCAGUAGCCAGAAACCUGUCAAGUCCCCAGAUACAGCUAUCAAGCUGCCUGAAGAGGAAGAAGAGGCUGCUUCUGUUCUCGACGUCAGAUAUGCAUCUGCCUCAUGAGAAAUGCUGGUAACUCUGAACACUUGGUAUGGACUCCAUGUUACCCAGGAUAUCAGGUAUUACGAGACAUCACCUAGCCAUCUGCAUCACAUCUCUGUGGACAAGCAGCUAUUACCAAAAAAGGCAUACACUUCCAGUCCUGUGCUACAUCUGCCUUAAUUCUUUGCUCGUUCCUCCCUGUUGGCGCCACUUCCAGAGAGCUCCAUCACGUCUCUWCCCCUGCCUCAGUGCUGGGCAGCCCACAGCCUGCACACCUCCCUCAACUCUGGGACCCACUCCCAAGACGGAGUCCUUGAGCCCCACCGAUGGCAGCUCUUCUCUGUCAGCAGCUUCAGAACAGGUAGUCUUGGAAGGCCUGACUCUGUUCCUGCAUGGCCUGCAGUUUCUACUUGUGCAUAAUGUACUUUCCAGAGUUACUGACCCUGUUGGUCUUCUAGAAAGUUUCUCUUCCUCUCUUCUGAAGCAACCACCUAAGUAGCAUCAGGCUUCUUUAGAAAAUUACAGUGUAUCGGCAGACUGCAGCGCAGCCUUUAUUGUGCCAAGCAUCUGGAUGCGCCUCGUGUUUCCUAAAUGCAGGGUAGAGUUACAGUUUCCGAGUUUAGUCAACCUAAAUCUCCCCCCUUUUCCCUUCCCGAGUGGUCAAGCUCACUCAGAGUACCUAUCCUUGGACACUGUGGCUUAAAGGGAAUGUGGACCUCAGUGCUUUCUGCCUUCAGCCCUCAGCGUUAUAGUCCCAGGGUGGGUGCACCCACCUUUUCCUGACCCCCCACCACCACUGCCGCCACAACUCUGAGCGGCUCAGUCCAUAUCACUGUACCUGGUGCUUGACACUUGGAACUGGUGCCUUCUCCUUUUGGCAACCAUGUUAUCGGUCCCUUUUCUGUUCAAGUGUCUUAUUUAAAGUUUAUUGCUUGCCAAAGAUGACAUCAUUGAGAUAGGAGACAGGGAGAGCUUCUGCAGAUCCCGACAGAGUGCAGAUUUUGAACGUCAGGUUAGUUCAAUAAAGCAUGUUAGGAUAACUGGUGAUGGUUUUAUAGAAACUACAUACGGUUUGUUCCUGUCCUCCUGGUGUGCCUGGCCUGUUGUGUGUCACUUCAUGUGUCCGUUUGUGUCCUUUGUGUACUGAUGUGAUCACACAAACACCAUCCCUUCUCUUUUAAUAGCMGAGUACAGGGCAGAGAAGUGAUCAAUGUAUUGGUCUAAUAAGACCAAAAUGAAAAGAAACAAUCUACAAAGUGGUAUGUAAUGCCUUUUGGUUGGACUGGGAACAAGUACAGUUUUCUAGUAAAUGUCGUGUGACUUCCAGAAUCACCUUGGUUCUCUACCAGACCGUGGCUUGCUGAGGCUUGGCCAGCCAGCCUGCAUUCCAGCACCACGGCCAGCCAGCCAUUCUGCACUAACACAUGGAAGCAGCUUUUGUUGUGUUUGCAUCCUUUGAAUAUUUUUUUCUGCUUUUAAAACCAAAAAGAAAAAAAUACAGAUGCUUUAAGGCAUAAACAUAAUUCUUAAGAAUUUAAAAUAUGCAAUUAAAAUUUGAUGUGUUUUGAUUCCAAGCACCUUGCUUUUUUUUUUUUUUUUUUCCUUUUUCUUUUAAGUCAACUGAUCAUCUCUUUAGAAAGAGGUUCAGCUAGAAACCUAGUUUAGUUUGUAUGUUCUUUUGGAGAAGUCUGAGGAAAGGUCAUUCCAGAGGGGAGAACAGGGGCUUUCCUGGUCCUGUUCCCUGUCAGGUGUCUGUUGGACACAGCCUGUUGUUGGGCCUGCCUUCUUGCUUGGAGACAGGCAGCACUGACACCACCACUGAGUCCUUUUUGUAGGCCUGCUGUGUGUUUAGAGGUGGCUAAAAGCAGGGGCCAGUCAGCCUGUGCUCUGCACAGCAUCUGAGGGGACAUGCUGAAGCUUUCUGCUCCCCCAGCAGGAGCAAUAGGUGGUGGUUGCAGUGGCAAUCUCCUUCUCCAUGCUCAGGCUGUCUUCCUUAAGAUUGAGUCCCUCCUGGUAAUGACUAGAAGGAUAGUAGCCCUUAGGUGACGUGCAGAUGGAAUGGCAAUGUCCCCUUACUUGGUUCCUGGCACUGAGUGGCCUUCAUCCCUGGAGAGUCACAUGCUGGUGCACUUGUGAUCUCAGCAGGUAAAUUUGGGCUCUUUCUCCAAGGGAAAGGACGCACUGUUUUCAUUUGACAGAGGAAGGGUACUCCUUGCCCAGCUGCCUGCCAUCGCUGCAGUCUCAAGCAGAAGAUAGCACUGUCUUUAACUUUUUUCAUUAUGCUGUCUUUGCAAUUAUGUAAAUGCAAGAAAUCACUUAGCUUUCAAAGCUGAGUGGCGUGGUGUUAUUUAUGUGAAGACUCUUAACAUAUCAAGAAUUAGGUGCAUUGGCAGGUUGGGUUUGGGAUGUGAUAACUGCUUCAGAUGGAAUGUCACUUAAGUUUUGUGUUCUUAAAAUUUAUCAAUGUGAAUGUCAUAAUUAUAUAUAUUUUUGUGGAAAAUUUCUCCUAAGGAUAAGUUAUUGUGCAAAAUAUAGUAUCAUGGACACAAAUAAUAGUUUAACUUUUAGUUUAGAUAUCCUAAAAGAUAUAAAUUGUAUUGCAUAUGCAUUAAAAGUUUGUUUUAUUUAAUUUUAUGUAGAUGUGUAAAGUGUUAGUUAAGGAUUUUUUUUUUUUCACUUAUUCAUUUAAACACCUUGUUACUUGAAUAGCGUGUUGGCUGGUCAGCAGCAGUGAUUCUGUAACAUAGCCCUUUCAACCGAGAAGUUACCAUGCCUCAGUUGUGCUGAUGAGCUUAGUGGUGGUACAGUCCAGGUGGGUGCUGGUGUUGCAGGAGCCCCAGGUCAGUGUGGCACACCUGCUGGUUAUCUUGGCCUGUGUGUUGAGACACUGCUUCCUUUCAAUGGUUUUUGGUAGUUUUUAACCUUAAGACCCACUGAUGGUCACAAG